UCCUCUCAUGGGUUAUUGGGCUAAGCUAUUUUGUCUCCCUGUUCUUGUUUUCGCUUUGUGUAGAGGGGUUGUGGGUGAUCCAAAGUUUCCAUGUUACUUCAUAUUUGGAGACUCAUUACUUGACGUUGGUAACAAUAAUGGGCUUAAAACCAGUGCAAAGGCUAACUACUUGCCAUAUGGGAUAGACUUUCCUCAAGGACCAACAGGCAGGUUUAGUAAUGGUCUCAAUGCUGCAGACUUUAUCGCAAAAGAUCUUGGAUUCGAAGAUUUCAUCCCCCCUUAUGUUACUGUAAAAAGAAAAGAUGUUAUUAAAGGUGUCAAUUAUGCUUCAGCUGGAUCUGGCAUUCUUGACGAGACUGGAGAAAAUUUAGGCGAGCGUUUCAGCUUUAAUACGCAAAUACUUUACCACCAAGAGGUGAUCUCACAUAUAGAAACUCUACAAGGAAAUGAAACUUACACCCAAGAUCACCUUAAAAAGUGUCUUUACACUGUUCAAAUUGGAAGUAAUGACUACAUCAACAACUAUUUUGGUCCUAAAUCUCAUGAUAAACGCAUAAAUGUCACACCAGCUCAGUUUGCAACGACCCUUAUCAACCAGUUUUGCAAACAACUAAAUUGGCUAUACAAACUCGGAGCAAGGAAAUUUUCCAUAUCAGUGAUACCGCAAAUAGGUUGUGCACCGGCUGAAAGGAAACUUUAUGGCACCGAGAUGGCUUGUGUAAAGGAAAUUAACGACGCUGUAAAUGUAUUCAAUGCCAAGCAGCUGAAUCUUAUUGGUGAUCUUAGAGCCAGACUGGAAGAUGCGAAGUUUGUUCUUCCAAUUUUAGACGUUCCUAAAAUCGGUCCUCUCCAAUCUAUUGGCUCAUUGGUGAUUGGUGAUCCUUGUUGCAAAGUAUCAACUAAAGGUGUUACACGAGGACAAUGUCUUCCUAUCAACGUAACAUGUGGCCAGCGAAAUAGAUAUUUGUUUUUCGAUGGAUUUCAUCCUACAGAGUUAGCCAACCUUUUCUAUUCAAGACAAAUGAUGCUUGUUAUCUCCCAUCUUAUUUAAACUUCCAUUAUUGCCACCGUAAGUUUUGUUGUAAUUAAGUGAUUUGUCACUUGUAAGUUGUAACUAAUUUGAUCUUGAAUAAAUAAUUUUACAACAUACAUUGAAGACAUUUAGCCAUUUAAUUUAAAUAAGUAUAUUCUAACA